GGUGUAAUAGUUGUGGGAUACACUGGGCGUGGUUUUAUGGUUCCAUGGCGACAUCCCUUUGAAACGCCUUAUACUGUUCUUUCUUCGACAGAAACUAUUAGUAUUCGUACAUACAUUGAAAAGUAAGUACGUUAGUAUUAUUUAAAUAAGUUGUAGAUCAAAAUGGAUCAUUAUUAUCAGCUACAUCAUAAUUCUACACAUCAACAUCAUACACCUUAUUCUAGAGAUUAUUUUCUCUACGAGUAUUCAUCUGGCUCUGAGUCAGAUGGGAGUUCAUUAAAUAGCGAUUAUGAAUCUAGUAAUUGUGGUUCAGGUAGUAAAAAAGGCUCUCGGUGUCAUAGACAGAAAACUCAACAGCGCCAAGCAGCAAAUUUAAGGGAAAGAAGACGAAUGCAAAGUAUCAAUGAAGCAUUUGAAGGUCUAAGAGCACACAUACCUACUUUACCAUACGAAAAGCGAUUAUCUAAAGUGGAUACUCUCAAAUUAGCUAUAGGCUAUAUCAAUUUUUUGUCCGAAUUAACCAGAGGAUCUAAUUCAUCAUCAAAUGGAGUUUCUUCUUUGAAUGUAGCAAAACUCACAACUAUUGCUGGACGGUUACAUAGACCUCCAGUCCAAGUAAAAGAACAACCGGUUAAAAAAUUUAUUGUAAGAGGAGCCUUUGGUACACCAUAUUCAUUACAUUCUCUUUCGUGGUCUAGAGCUAAAGAAAAUUGUCCUAAUAGUGCUGGAAUAAUGCGAGCAAAGUUAUGGCGACCCGAAAUAUGUUCUACACGAAGUACAGCUUCCAAAGUUACUACUAUGUGCUCAACAUCACAAGGAAAAUCAAUUUGAAUUCUAUAUAAUUUUAGUUUAUAACUAAUUUUUAAUAAAACUAUUGUAAAUAAAAUUGAUUAUUGUAAUUCUUUCUUGUUAAUCUUAGUUGAGUCAAUAUUAUUGGAAAAUUGACUUACUUUAGAUAAUU